AUGGCUCCAGCUGUCCCUCGGUUGCGGAUACUCUCAGUGGGAGGCAAUGGCACCUCGGCCUUCCUGUCGUGGCGGCUUCAAGCUACUAAUGCCUGCGAUGUCACUCUGGUGUGGAAGAACGGAUUCGACAGUGUAGCCCAAUACGGUAUCUCGUUCAAAUCUACUUUAUAUGGAAAUGAACGUUUCAAGCCCUAUUCAGUCGUUCGAACUCCAGAAGACGCCGCACACUCAUCGAAACAGCCAUUCGACUACGUCCUCCUUUGCAUCAAAGCCCUUCCCGAUGUAUACGAUAUCGCCAACAUUAUCGAAUCCGUCGUCUCCCCUCAACACACCUGCAUCCUUAUCAACACUACACACAGUCUUGGAGUUGAAUCAUAUCUGGAACAACGGUUUCCCACAAAUGUGGUUCUUUCAUUGGUAUCGGGUGCAGAGGUUUUACAGCUCGCCACGAGCGAGUUCGAACACAAGGGUGCGACUGACGUUUGGGUCGGCUCUACUAAUUCAAACACGGCAAUUCCCGGACAGAUUCAGAACGAUAUGGCGGAAGCUCUUGCCAUGACACUGGGUUCAGGCCAAGUGGAUUGCAAAGUUUCUCCUAAUAUUCGACAGCAACAAUACGAGCGGAUGAUAGGUCCCAUUGCCUUCCAUCCUGCGAGCGUACUUUUUGAAACGCCUAAUCACACCGAAUUACUCGAGAAGGUCGGCGUUCGUAGCCUCAUCACAGGUGUCAUGGACGAGCUGCUCUCGCUAGCAAAAGCACAGGGUUGCUCGUUCCCGGCGGACUUCCGAGACACAACCAUGCAAAAAAUGACACAGCCACAGGAAGAGCACAGUAUAAUGUAUCGAGACUUUGAAAGGAAAGCACCAAUGGAGGUUGAAACAUUUCUUGGAUCACCCCUCAAAUUGGCACAGGAGAAUGGAGUUGCCAUUCCCCGCGUCGAAACACUCUACGCCAUGCUUCAUCACAUCAAUAUUGUGAAUAGGACGCGGCCACCUCCAGGCCCUGCCGCAGCUCCACCGAAUGGAGCAGGACCCCCCCCUCCACGUAUGUCUUCGGCUCCUCUGCCACGGCAAGGAGGUCCACCAAUGAUGAACGGCAAUGGCCCUAUGAAGGGUGGCCCUCGUCCUGGAAGCAGAGCGCCAUCGAUCACAGGAGCUCCACCUAUGAUGCGGAGAGGACCUCCUGGGCCAAUGAACGGGUACCCUCCCAGGCAAAAUGGAUACCCGCCGCAAGGUCCUCCCGGCCAACGACGUGGCUCUCUCGAUGACAGCAACCUCGAGGAGUUCAGCCACUUGAUGCUCUACGAUCAAAUGGGUGACGAUGCAGGUGCAGGUGGAGGCUAUGAUAACCCGAACGGCCCAUCGAGCGACAUCGCUCUUCGUGAACGUGAAUUGAUGAUUCGCCAAAAGGAGCUCCAGCUACGAGAACAAGAGCUCAACAUGCGUCGUGGCCCACGCCCGCGUGCUCCCCCUUCUCACAUGGGCGGAUUCGACGAAGACGAUGAUGAGGACGAUUAUUUCGACCCCAUGGCUCAACGAGGUCCAGGUCCUAUGAUCGAUCCAGAUAAUUUCGACAUGAUGAGCGUGACGUCGCGCCGCAACCGCAAGGUUCCUAGCGCCAGUCAGAUUCGCAAGAAUCCCGAGAUGUCAGGCUUUGGACCGCAGUCUUCGGGGCGCUCCAGGAACCCUUUCUCGCGGCCCAACAAGCAAAACCGGACCAGCGCAAGGAUGAUGCAAGAUGUUCCUGGUCUACAUGACUCCAUCAUGAACAACCCUCUUCUAGGCUAUUCAUCCAACCGUUAUGGGAACGUUGACCGCGGCGAGAUGGGCCAGCAGUCCAGAGCAAAUUCGCUGACUGCUGCUCGUCUUGACGAGUUGCAACAGGGAGCCGGUUAUGGUGGUUAUCCCCCAAUGAGCCGUCGCACUAGCCAAUCGCCCGGCAAUCCUUUGAGCCCUGGUCCCAGACCUAUGGGCCGACCCUCUCCUCCGAACGGUCAUCCUCCGAAUGGAUACCCACCGAAUGGCUACCCAUCGAACGGUAUGCCGCCAAAUGGCAGACCGUCCCCGCCAGGUAUGAGACAACCCGUCCCCCACCACCCUCCCGGGCAUGGGAAUGCAGUGGCGCCGCAUCAAGUUGAGCAACACGCUGGGGUGAGCAAACUUAACCCGCCCAAACCUCGUCCUUAUGUUCGAAGUCUGACUGGAGAUGCUUCUGCUAGCGCGGGCUCUAGUAGCAGUGCCAGCGCUCAACUAGAUUCGGAGAACUCUGCGCACAGCAGCCAGAGUAGUCUGGGACCUCGACCCCCGCUCGGCGUUCGGUAAUAAAGGGAAUCUUUUUCAUAUCGGCAUCUGCGACAUUCGAAUUGGAGUAUGU